AAAUGCAACAUGGCUGGACUAUAUCUGUUAGGAUGAUGACCAUUAAGUCAAGGGACACUUGAUGUGGCAGGCAAAAAUCUUUUGGACUUAUCUGAGGAGGGCGAUUGUCGAAGAUCCAAGGCUCCAUGAAGGACCCGUGUCGUAUAUGUGGUGUUCGUCUGGUGGGAGGCCAAUGCCGCUGGAUAUUUAGUUUAUCAGGGAAGAGGAAGCUACAGGUCAUCCUGUCCCAUGUGCUGGGCCGUGAGGUGAUCCGUGAUGGCCGUGGAGAGUUUCUCUGUGGAAAAUGUGUGUUCCAACUAGAGAAGGUUGUUCAGUUUGAUAUUAAUAUCAACCAGUUGCAGGAUGAACAUAGCAGUAAGAUUCAGAAACUCCAGACAGAGAAGGAACACCUAAUCCAGUGCAUCGUGCAUGUCUACAGCAGAAACAACCCUGGGAGUAGUGCCAGGGGAAGCACCCGCUCCAAGACUCCUCUCAGGUCCUCUGAGGUUGGCAGUCCUGAUGUAGAAGCUGCGUGUCAGCCACCCCAUGAAGGACUGCUUUUCAGGGAACGUGGGAGUGUUGAUGGGGAGAAUCGCAUAAGAAGGUGUGUGAGUCUGGAUAGAAUCAUCAGUAAAGGAGCACUAACUGGGCGCAUUGGCCUUCGGAGCAGCAGACUGGGAUCAGGAGCUGGGCUAGAUGGAUGUAUGAGGAAUUAUGGACUCAGUGGCACACGUCACCGUUCACAGAGCAUGUACCUUGAUUUAGUGCAGCGUAAGGGAACGCCAUCUAGACAAGGAUUUAAAAGUCACUCCACUUCGCUACAGUCUCUUAACAAAGACUCCUCCUCAGACCAGCCUCCAGAUCCUCAAUGCAAAAGAAAACUUUGGGGCUCAAAGUUGCCUGUUUCUGGGCAUAGUACCAACAGUGACCCAAGAAGAAAAGUUCAGCUAAAAGCAGUGCUCCACAAGCCCUCAAAUCAGCCAUCUGUAAUCUCUGACCUAAUCCAGCUCCUGCGCUGCCUCUCUAAGCACCAAGUGUCUGCCCCUUCAGGCAGUCGUAUUCCUGUGCUGAAGAGGUUAAAUGCUGGCUCUGUCAUUACUCGAGCUAAGCUAAGAAACAGAGAAGCAGAAUGGAAGUCUCUGCAUAACCUCGCUGAAGAGUUUAAUGAUGAAUACACCCCUGUCAAAGUAAAGACUAAGAAGAGUGAUGUUAAUCGAUUGGAGUCCAUCAAUAAAAUGCUGACUGAAGAGCUCAACCGGGUAAAAAGCACCAAUGAAAACUUGAGAAAAACACUGGAGGAUUCCCAGAAUCACAACAAGACCCUGUCUGUGACUGUGGAGGAGACGGAGAAUGAGCUUGACACAGAGAAGAAAAAUGCUUUAAAACGAGAUAAAACAAUCCAAGGGCUUACCCAAGUCCUCAGAGAAAAGGAAAAAGAGAUUGAGGAGCUGUGUCAGGAGAUUGAGGACAGGGAUGACACUUUGGCAAAGGCCAGGGAAGCUGCACAUAAAGCACAGCUGCAGAAAUACCAGGGGGUGGAGGAGCACCAAAACCUGUUCAUGGAAAAACAAAUGGAGUUGGCCCAACUCCAGGGGGAACACCAUGCCAAGGUGCUUGAAGCCCAAAAACUACAGCGUGCCCUGGACAGAAAAGAACAAGAACUUGCCAACUUACAGCAGACAAAGGACCAGCUUGAAAUGGAACUUGAAGACCUGCAGCAACAGAAAAAGAAAGGCGACAAAGCCCUAAAUGAUCUUGCCAAUCAGCUGAAAAAGUUGAGCGGCGAGAUGAAAGAAAAGCAAGGUGCUCUUGAACAGCAGUACCAGGAGUUGCUGGAACAAACCAAAAGAAAACUGCAGAGCCAUGAAACCAUCAUCCAGAGGCUCACAACCACACUGGCUGAUAAAGAGCAGCAGCUACAGGAGUACAUAAACAUGGUGAGAGACUUGGAGCAAAGCAAAAGCCCCUGCAGUAAUGACAGCAUGCUCACCAAGCUGCGCCAAAGGCUAAAGGAAAAGGAGAGUGCCCUGGAGCAAGCUCUUGAUGAGAAGUUUGCUGCCAUUGAGGAGAAAGACAAUGAGAUCCACCAGCUGCAGCUGUUGUUCCGAGAAAAGGAAAGAGACUUGGACAGACUUAAUAACCUUCUCAGUCAUAAUGAAGAAACGAUCAAUGAUUUUGACAGUCUAAUUAAGGAAAAAGAUGUGGAGCUGCAACAUCUUGCCAACACCCUGAAGAACCUACAGAGAGCCAAGCAAGAUGUGGAAGACAACCUAAACAGAUCACUGAGGGAGAAAGACUCUAUCAUCCACCAGCUACAGCUCUCCUUGGAGGGCAAAACUAAAGAUAUGGAAGAAAUGGCAGACAAAUUGCUGAACCAGUCACAAACUCAUGCUCGGGACCUGGCUGAGCAGAUGGGCCAGAGGUUGAAGGUCACAGAAACGAUGUUGUCUGAGGCUGUGAAAGCCAGAGAAAGACUAAUAGUUGACAAUGAGAGUGCUGUGGAGGGGCUGUUAGCUACAAUUAGCAGCAAGGACCACCUUCUUAAGGAGUCUGCUGAGCACUUUAACCGCAUGCUGUCUGAGCGCGCUCAAGAGAUUCAGGAACUGAGGAAGCAGUUGGCUGAUAAGCAACAGGAGCUUGCCAAAGCUGAGAAGCAAAGCUCGUCAACAACCCAAGAAAGUUAUUUAGAGACUGCAGAGCUAAGAACUCUGCUUGCGGAGAAAGACAGCCUCAUUGACAAGCUUCUGCAGAGGGGUCAGGAGAGAGAUAGGUUCUUGGCGGAGAUGAGUCAGAAUGCCGAGGCAGAUCAUGUGUUGGAGCUCAGGCAAACCAUUCAGAUCAUGCAAGAGAAACUUGAUGACAGAGAAGCUGAGCUAUCUAGGAGAAACAGCGAGGAUAAUCAGGAGAACAUUGCAUUCUCCAAGAAAACAAUUGUUGUCCUGAAGAAGGAACUGGCACAGAAAACUGAAGCAUUGAACAAAGCACUGAAGAGGGAAAAUGAACUGAAGAUUUCUUUGGCUGAUCUCCAGUCUUUGCUCUCUGAGCUCGAGGGUCGCAGCGACGGUCAAGCUGCCAACAUUGAUUCCUUGACGGCUACACUGAAGACCAAGGAUGAGAUUAUUAAUGUUCUCCAUCAGCGCCUUGGACAGGGGAGUGGAAACCGAACUGAUUCUACUCAAGAUCAUCUAAUUGGCACCAACAUGGAUAGAUCCCUACCUGUACUUCCUCAGAGAGAAAGAACCAUGAUAGGAGGAGAUAGCCAGCAAGAUGCUUUGCCUCAUCUUUUAGCCCUGCAGCAGGAGCAUGAUGCUCUAAACAAAGCCCUUAGAGCUGAACAACAGCUGUACUCCAGUUUAGUUAGGACUGUGAAGGAGCAGGAUAGUGCCCAGCGUCUCCAUGCUCUGCAGCUGGAACUGACAUCAGUUCAGCUUCUCAGGCAGCAGCUAGAAGACAGCAUCAAAACUAAUGAGGAGCUCAGGGAUGACUUGGAGAGAGAGAUACAGAGAGCCAAGCUCAGAGAAGGUGUGGACCUCAUUGAUCCUAAAGAACUGGAGAGCAUGAGACAUCAGCUGGAGGAUGCCCAGCGCUGGAAUGCAUCACUGCAGGCUCGCUUGGGAGCGAUUCAGAACCGUGGAGGAGGAGUUGGUGGAACCAGUGAUGGUGGUGACACUUUGAGUUUCAUUGGAGAUCAGACUUCUUACAUGAGCAUCUGUGUGGGAGAAGGUCCGGAUGAUAGCUUGUCUCAGCUUUCUCCUCAGGAGCUUCAGCAAAAGGUGCUGGAUUUGCAGGACCGUGUCGCUGGGCUGCAGAGUUUAAACAAUGAGCUGCAGAGCAGAUUAUCACAAAUGGAGAAGUCAGAGCGGGACGCUUUUGAAAAGGAAGACAAAGAUCUGACCAGCAGAAGCCGGUUCAAACAGCAGCUUGAGAAGAUGCAUGAGAGGCAGCCACUGGGUGACUGUGACAGCGAAUGUCUUCCUGGUCAGGAUAGAGAGAUCCAGACAAACAUCAGCUUAGGGCAGAUUGCACCAGGAAUUAUGCUUGGUGAUGAAAACAUGGAUAGCAGGUCCAGCCAGAGUAGAGGGCAUGCUCACUCUGACAACAGCCUCUUAGACAGCGGAGAAGAAGAUUGUGCCGAUAGGAACACAGAUGCAGUGGCGCUUAGAUCUCUGCUGGCAGAUUUUGGAUCUUCCUCAGUCCUGCAGCUUAGAGAGGAACUACUCCGACUUAGAUCGGAAAACCUGAAGCUGUGGGGUCUCCUGAAGGAACAGAAAUCUGCUGAGAGUAAAGAAAAAGAGAGCACAAAUGUCUCGGGAAACAGCAGUGAUGGACAGGCUGAAUUAAGGAGGAGUUUGGAAACACUUCAGUCUGAAGCUGAAGAUCGUUCCAUGAUCGUUAAAUUGUCAAAGGGAAAUACAGAGAAGUCAAGCAAUGCAUCCCAUGGCGAGACCGCAGUAACUAAAAUCAGCACAGCAGAUGGCAAGCGAAGUCCGAAACCUCAAAGUCAACCACACCACAAGACUCCAAAGCAGCAGGUCACAAGACACAUGGCUGGUGUCAAAUCUCGCCUCCCUGUGCCCAUCCGGCUCAGAGUAGAGGGUAGCACGAAAUGCCCAUCUGUGAACUAUGACCAGAUGCAGAUUGAUGAACAACAACACCCUAGUUUGGAUAAUGUUUAUGCUUCUGACCAACAACUGCAUACUAACUCUGAUUCAGCACUUCAACACAGCACUUCCCCUUCGUCCAGUUCAGCAGGGUCGGACAGGGGCUCUGAACCCAGAAUACCAGGGGGUCACACCCACAGCGAAUCCGCUCUUCUUUCUCAGCUUGAGCUACUAAACCAGGAAUGCCAGGAGAAGGAGGCCCUGAUCAACAAGAUGAGUGAGCAGCUUGCUGACCUGGAGGAGCUCCAUGCUCAACUGCAGGAAAAGGAGAGACUGAAUAAUCAGUACAAUGUGGCCUUGCAGGCUGCAAAUUCAACGAUUGCUUAUCUGACAGCCUGCAGUCUGGACAACCAGAGCAACUUUGGUUCACACACAAUUUCUGGUUCUGUGGGUCCUGAUGUUGACCUCCACAGUAGAUGCAUGGAGUUGCAGAACACCCUACAGGAGAAGGAAAAGCUCCUAAAUCAGCUUAUUGAGCUCCUGAACAUGGCAGAGAAGGCCAUCACCUCUACUCAGAGCCAAGAUGAGAAACCUGAAACUGAUGAUCUUUGUUCAAGGAUAGAGGGGGCUUUACAUCAGGUUCAGGCACAUUCAAACAGAGAUAGCCUAAACCAAGACAGUGGCCAUACUGAGGACUCUGUGCUUGAGCUGCAGCAACAUGCAGACUCCUUGCAAAAGGCACUUUUAGAACAAAGUAAACUAAAUGCAGAGCUGCAGGAGCAGUUGAGGGCUGCACAUGCAGCUGCACAACGUGGCUGCCUCAGUGAGGCAACUCAUUUAAAUGGCUCCAAAUGGAGGCAAAGAGCAGCAACUGCAGAGUGUCUUAUAGAUAACGAGUCCAAGGAUGACCAAGGUGCAAAGAGAGGUUUUGAAAAUCCUGAUUUAAAUCAAGAAAUGUUUAGUGUUGUAAUGAAAUGCUUUAGUGCAACAGAGUCUGCUAUUUCCUCGUUAGCGGCCUGCUGUAAAAGCACUGGCUCCCUGGCCUCUGAUAAAUUAGAACUAAGCACUGACCUGCAGAAAGAUUUCGACAAUCUUAAGAGAGCCCUCCAAGAGAGAAGCAAACUGACUGAAUCUGCUCAACAAGGAGGAAAAUGCAACAGCAGUCUGCCCCCUGCUUCAAGUGAAACAAAAGGACAGAAACUAUAUCAGAAUCUCUGUCACCUUUACCAGGUUUUCAGUGAUUACUCUCGAAGAAUAACUGAUCUCCAGGCAUCUGUUCAGGACGAGAGAGUUUGCAGAAGAGAGAACGAGGCCCACAGGACUGUACAAGAUGCCAAAGGAUUACCCCCAGAUGUUAAGCUCCAACUGGAGACUUUACAUAAGGCUCUGAGGGAGAAGAAGAAAGCAUGUAAAAGCCUGGAGGAGAAACUGGCCACUGCUCUUACCCAUACAUCCCCUCCCGAAACAGCACCAAAAGCAGCUCCUGAGCAGGGAGACAAAAGCGUGCAGGUGGAUUUGCAGGACCUGGGUUACGAAACCAGUGGCAAGAGUGAGAACGAUAGGGAAGAGAGCAGUAGUACAGAUCUAGAGGUGGGUGUGAACCCUAGUUGCAGUGCUUCCAGCCUACCCUCCCUGUUGAAAAAUGAACAUGCUACUUUCUCCUCCACUGAAAAUUUGGACUCAAGCUCCAGCACUCCAUACCCAAGUUCCCCAGCUCUCAGCUCAGCCAAAGUCAGCCUGAAAGGCCUACACAUGUAUGAUGACUAUGGUGCUUCAGAGGACCCUCUACAGCUUCAAGCACAAGUCAGAGAGUUGAAGGUCCAGCUGGAAAACCAGACAAAAGUCAUCCUCCAAAUGCAAAGCCUCCUGCACAGAAACUCACUCUCCAGUGACAUAGCUGCCAGCGCCUCUGACCCACCCACUAUCAGGGAAAAAGAAGGCACACAGAAAAUGGAUUGCAGUCAAGAAAGAGGUGGGCAGCUGAGGGGGAAAAGGGAGGCCGUAAACCAGUCAGCGAGGGACAGACCCAGCAUUGUGAACAUGGAUCUGUGGAAAGAGACAACACCGAACCGAAGCACAAGUGAACAGCUGCAUCAAACCCGCAGCCGCUCAACCUCACCUGCUAGGCUUGAUUCGUUGGUGAAGUCGCAGGCCAGAGAGUUGUCACAACUUAGGCAGCAAAUCAAGGAGAGCCGCAGGCUGGGAGUUCUGCAGCGUCGACAGCUGGAGGAGCUGAACAAAACGUUCAAAGACCUGCUACAUGCUGGUGAAGUGGACUGCUACAUGGGAGAGGUGAUAAAGGAGCAGCUGGACAAGAGUCUGAGCCUUCUGGACGGGCUAGAGGGCCGGCUGGACAAAGAAGAAUCUCUCCUCGUUAAUGAGGAUGUCGCAGCUCUAGAACUGUCUCGCAGAUUAUCUAAGGAGUUGCAGGAGAAGAACCGACUCAUCCAGAGCCUCCAGAGCCAGAUCCAAGGCCAGACUCCCAGCAGCCACCACAGUUCCCACUCCGACCUGAGCCGCUCAGACGUGACAACUUCCUCCUGCCAAAGCAGCGCCAACACACAAGGUGGCAGUAGAGCGCACAGCCAGCAGCACUCUGCUGAUAACACAGGAGCAGCCGUCUCUCCUGCAGGAGGAGCUCAAGAGAAAGGUGCGCCUCCUCACAGACGCACUGCCAGCACAGUGCAAGGUCUGCAGAGGGAGAUCAGGCGCCUGCAGGAGCAGCUGAGGAGCAACGAGGAGCUCAACGCCACCUUACGCAGCGAACUGGACCUGCAUCGCUCAAUUAUAGCCCAGACCAGCUUUAGCCACCAAGAACAGGAUCCAGGCCAGGAUCAGGAAGUCUCAGGGCCUCAAACCGGAGCACAGAAACAAAGUGGAGACAUCAGCUCACAAGAAGACACAGGAGGACAACUUCGCAUUAUGAAUUCAGACCUGCUAGCUGAACAUCUCCAGGAGAUCAGAGCUCUACGACAACGCCUGGAGGAAAGCAUCAGCACCAAUGACCGCCUGAGAGAACAGCUGGAGAGGAGAUUAGCCGAGGUGGAGAAAGACCCAGCAGCCACAAACAUUUUCAUCCAUGGCAACGAGGAGCAGGGUCAGCUGGUUAAUGAAGUGCGGUUCCUCUGGGAACAAAAUCAAGUGCUAAAGGAGCAGCUCAAUAUGGGAUCUAGAGACAAGCAGAAGGAGAACGAGAAGCUCCGGGAGACUCUGGCUCGGCGGACAGCCAAACUGGAGCAGAGCAGAAAGGAGUGUGAAGCUCUGAGGCAGGAAAACAUCCGACUGCAGGAGACGCUGGAGCACAGCAGCCAGGAAAACUCGCUGCUGCAGAAUUCCCUACACUCCAGCAGAGAGGAGCUGCAGAGGUUGCAGUGUGAGGUGAAGCUCCAGAGACAGCAGCUGUCUGAUUCCCAGCAUCUGCUCCAGUCUCUGCGGGUAGAGCUGCAGGUUUACGAAAACAUCAGGAAUGACUCAAACAAGCACGGAUCACGUGAGGAGACCCCACAGUCUGUCCCCGUGUCUUCCUGUGGUUCGGUGAACCUUGGUGAUUUGCUGUCAGAGAUCAGACACCUGAGGCUGCAGCUGGAGAGGAGCAUCCAGACCAACACAGCGCUGCGGCAUAAACUGGAGGAGCAGCUGCUGAGAGGACCCAGUCGCUCUGAGACCAUCAACAUCAACUACCUGUUGUCUUCUCCAGAUGAAGGGGGCCGGUCACCGGGUCGGGAAGGCUGUGAUCUUCAGCAUCGCUCCUUUCAUAGCCACGAGCACACCAGUGUCUACAAUGAAGUGAAGCACCAUGCUCACUCAGAGGAGGACGCCGUCUCAGUCAGCAGCAACUCUAGUGAAAGCGUCUCAGGCGCUCCUUCUCGGCUGGUCCCGGGCCACCGGAUGUGGGCCAGUCGCAACGGGCGGCAUAUUCUGGGUCUGAUCGAAGACUACAACGCCCUUCGCAAGCAGAUCUCAGAGGGGCGAAAGCUGUCACGCAGCAUGGACGCACAGCUGCAGGAGUGUCUGCACACACUCAGACAACAGGGCUCUGACAGCAAGAUAAGAGAAAAGCAACAUUGGAAGAGUUUAUCCAGCAGCUCCAACAACAUGCAGCAGGUGUUGGAGGAGGCUGGCCGACUCCUCAAACUGCUGUGGAGAGUCUAUCUGCCAUCUAGUGGCACAGCAGAGGACUGCACCAACCAGCAGGAUGAGCUGCUGAAACACGAGAUCGCCAGACUGAAGAACAGAUUAUCUCAGCAGGAGAGGAUGCUGAACGGAGUCGUGAAACGUCUGCGCACCACCAACCAGCUCAAGGAGGGAAUGGAGAGAGUCAUCAUUGACCAGUUGUGUCUGACUCAUGGAGUAUUGAAGAAAGCUCGGGGGAAUUUAGAGACAAAUUACUGCGCCCUCUUUGGCCAGAAAGGCCCGUCUGGAGGACCAGACGAAGGAGGUCCCAGUCAGUGGGCAGUAAUGGACACUCAGGCUGGCCAGACUGCGGACAGAAACUCUGAACUAUCAGAUCCAAACAGUGCUGCCUCUUUGCAAUGCAGCGACUAAACCCAGCACUGCUCCUGAUGUAGCUCCUCGACGUUAACCAGAUAUUAUCCAGCCUUCUUAUCCUUCUGUAAAAUAGUCACAUUGUCCACAGAAUUCAAAUCCUUUUUUGUACCUAAAUUGCACAAACUUUGCCUUUAUUUUAAUUGUGGUACUAAAGUUGUAAAAGUUUCUUUUAUAAGAAGAAUGCCUGUAAAUAUCCAUCCAUGCACUGCAGCAAAAACAAAAAAAAAAGUUUUUUUUUUUUUUUUUAUGACAAAGUAUUUUAUUACUGUUUUAGCUUGUGUAUGAGAUGGUUUUUUGGAGAUACUGUGAGAAAAUAUGUUCAAAUGCAGUAAAGAAAAGUAUCAUGUUGAA